AUGAUAGGUGAUCUUCUUAUUGGUGCUGAUGAGCAAUCGCUUCCAUCAUCAUCUACAACAGCAGCAUCGCUUUGUUCCAGGCCUGAACCAGCUUCUCCACAAGGGACGGAUUUCUCAGCUCUUGGGGCUGACCUGGAAGAUGCACUAAAUAAGGAGUUAAAGCUUGCCAGACUUGGUCAUCGUCGUUUAGAGAUGUGGCAAUUACACGAUUGCUUGGACACUGUACUUUCCAAAGUAGCAUUUCGAUGGGAAGAUAUACUGGAGGACCCUCUUUCGAAUUUCUCACUCUUUGCUUUUGCGUUUGCGGCGUCUGGAGCACAUGCAACUUAUAUUCAGAGAAGUAAGGGGCGUAGACACUACUCCGCUUACAGUUUGGAUGAUAUCUCAGACAAGAUCACGCCUCGAUCAAGCGAUCUCGUCUGGCUCUCGGUUGAAAAAUACUUGGCCAAACCACGGCAUCGAAAUGAGUAUCCAUUCGUUCGUAAAUGGAGAUACGAGCCGCUGUUUCCAGCUCCUUCACUGGAGAUCUUGCUCAGGCUUAGAUUCACUGCCCACGAGUGUACACCUACAACUGGGAUUGGGAGACAUUACACCACGCUGAAGAAAAUGGCUCUCCACAGUGCAAUAACUAGAAACUCAGCCGUUUGUGCUCUCGACGGUGCAGUAACUCUACUCUCAGCCGUUCGUCAGAUAUUCACUGUUUCUUUGAGAUUAGUUGGACAAGGAAAUCGUUUGUUAGCCGAUGAAGCUGCAUCAAUCGCUAUCUGGUCUCUGAGAACAGAUGUUCUUUGCUGGGAGGACUGGUACAAUACCUAUGAGGAGAAUGCAGAAGCUAGUGAAGCUCUUCUUAAAACGAUUGUAGAGAAACAGGAGUCUCAGUCCCUCGUUUUGUCGUCAUCAUCAAGCAAGCAUAUGAAACGAUUCAUUCAAGAGAUGUUCACUUUUUCUCUCAGACUAGCUGGAAAAGGUAUUAGUACCUUUGUGCUGGCUUGCUUCCCUCUUUGUCUUGGAGUCUGUAGCCACCGACUAAUCUGUCUGUCUGUUGCAGGAAAACCUCUUGUAGCCAAGGAAGCUGCAGGAAUGGCUCUCUGGUCUCUCACCCAAAACGUUGUUUGCUGGAAGCGCUGGGAGUAUAUCUGUCAGGAGAAUGUAGAAGCUAGUGUUGCUCUUCUUAAAACGCUUGUAGAGAAAUGCAAGGAUGAUUCCCUCAAACCCUCAUCAUCAUCAUCAAAGGCAAAAAGAAAGGCAGUUCAAGAGAUAUUCACUGUUUCUUUGAGAUUAGCCGGAAAAGCCAAGGAAGCUGCGGAAAUCGCUAUGUGGUCACUGACCCAAGACGUUGUUUGCUGGAAGCGGUGGAACUAUAUCUAUAACUAUGAGGAGAUGAAUAAGGAGAAGGUUAAAGAGAAGAUGAAAGAGAAGAUUUUAGAGAAGGUUAUGGAGAAGGUUAAUAAAGUGAAGCGUGAAAGAAAUAUAAAGGAGAUGGUUAAGGCGAAGAACAAGGAGAAGAAUAUAAAGGAGGAGAAUAUAGAAGCUAGUGUUGCUCUUCUUAAAACGCUUGCAGAGAGGCGGAACUAUCACUUCCUCAAACAACUAGUAGUGUCACCGAGUGAUACUCUCACUCUUACUCUCACUCAAACUAUGGAGAGCUUCAGGCUAAAGAACAAACAAGCCAUCACUGAAGGAGGAGCCGAUGGCUGUUUUUACAAAGUAGCCGACAAGUCGUGCAAAGUGAUAUUGUGGAGAGUCUCCCUUGGAAGUAUCAGCCACAAAGCAGCCGUGGUUCUAGCUAUUGCUAUUGGUUGUCUUUACAAAUUAGCUGACAAGUCGUGCAAAGUGAUAUUGUGGAGAGUCUCCCUUGGAAACAUCACCGUGGAUCUAGCUAUUGCUAUUGCAAUAGCAAUAGCCGCUGCUGCUUUUCUCUGGUUUGGUUUCAAUGAACAGAGACAACUACUGAUUUAA